AUGAAAAUGCAGAGUUUGGGUGUUCAGGUCGUGUUUGCCGUCGUCCUCAUAACCGCAGCUCCUGUGAAGGCCGACAAUGGAGGAGCAACGUUCAGGAGAAAAACGGUCACACUGACGUGUCCAGAAAGUGGAGACUGGUUUGAAGAUGCAAAGAAACUUUCAAAUGUAGCCACAGAGUACACGUUUGACUAUCAACACCAGGGCAGGUACAGCUGUAAAUAUGAUGAUAAAACCUAUACUUUCUAUGUAAAAGGAAAGGUCUGUGAUAACUGCUUCGAACUGGAUGGGCUUUUCUUCAUGUUGGUCAUCGUCGUGGACCUGACUGCAACGUCAUUUCUGAUGAUGAUGAUCUACAGUUGCAGCAAGAAAAACACCUCAGACGCGCCUGCUCGCACUCCUAAAGCUCCGGUUAAAUCAGGAGGCCUAGGUCCGCAUGUCCCCUCGCCAGACUAUGAGUCUCUGAACCUGAACACUCUAUCAGCCGACACCUAUUCCACUGUGGUCAACAGGAUGGGAUAG